UCUCUGUGUGGCUUUGGUGCAUGAGCGAGCGAGCAUUCAGCUGCAGAGCCCAUUCAUGCCCUCCUCGCCCUGGAUUUUGUCUCUGCGAUUACCCUGGCUGGCAUCCUCCGCGGUUGUCGGCAGACUGCAGAGGGUAUCGUUUUUGAUGCUCCGUGAGCUCCUAGUACUAGUGUAAUUUUUGGCUGUGAUUUGUUAGUAUUUAUUUUUUUGUUUUUCGAACCGACCAGUUUGGAAGUCGGAGCGGGUCACUAGGGUUCGGUUGGCGUCCGACGCAUCUUGGUCCUGGAAAGGGGGUGAGUGGCUUGAAUUCUGGGCGGCAGUGAGUCUGAGGUAGUUACUGCUGUUGUGGAGGGAGAGAGAGAGCGAGACAGCGAGAGUAUACAUUUUAUUUUGGUUGCAGUGAAGUGGUGUAGAGAGGAGGAGGAGGAGUCCUUCGCGGAAAGGGUGGUUGCUGUUGUGUGAGAAGGGAAUGAAGGUGUGGAUGCAGCCGAGUCUGCAAAGAGGCGUGUGUAAAGUGUUAUCCGACGGAGGUUGGUGCUAAGAUCUUAUGAGCGAGGUCACAGUGCAGGCAGCUCAGUUGAGCGGGCUUUGUGCUUUUCCUGAGCGGAGAGGAUCAAGGGAGUAAGGUGUUGGGAAGCGGAUUAGCAAGACUUGGUUGAGGAGUGUGCAUUCCCGGACAGUGAGGUGGAGUUGAGGUAUUUCCAGCAGCAAAAAAUCUGGGCCGGGAAAUUCAGAAGCGUUAAGAGACAAGCGCUGGAGGUUAGUGUUUCUAUCGCCGCAAACGACAAAGGUGUGAAGAGCUACGAAGAUUCAGGGGAUCGAUAAUCAACAGAGAUUGAAGCUUUUUUGGGGGAAAAAAAAAUGUUUUGGCGAGUGCCUGGCUUAUCGACCACUUCUCCGGUUGACUCGGUGCUGGAUAAGGAUGUCUACACUUUGGAAGAGCUCCUGGAUGAAGAUGAAAUCAUUCAAGAGUGCAAAGCUCUUAAUAGCCGGCUAAUCAACUUCUUGCGUGGGAAGGCUCAAGUGGAAGCGCUGCUUCGUUAUGUGGUUGAGGAGCCACCAGAGGACGCCGAUAGCAAGCGUUCAUACAAGUUUCCAUUUAUUGCAUGCGAAAUUUUCACAUGUGAAAUAGAUGUCAUAUUCAAGACUUUAGUUGAGGAUGAGGAGAUCUUGAAUUUUCUCUUUUCUUUCUUGGAGGCCGAUAGGCCACAUGGGACGUUGCUGGCAGGUUACUUUAGUAAGGUUGUUAUUUCCUUGUUGCUUAGAAAGACCGUUCCAGUGAUGCGUUAUUUGCAAACUCACCAAGAGAUGUUGAAGAAGUUGGUUGAUUUAAUUGGUAUUACUUCCGUUAUGGAGGUGCUGAUUCGGCUUGUCGGCGCAGACGAACAUAUGUAUGUCUUUCAUGUAGAUUCACUACAAUGGUUGGCAGACACGGAUCUAUUGGAGAUGCUUGUAGACAAGCUUAGUCCACCGAACUCUUCAGAAGUUCAUGCAAAUGCCGCAGAGACUUUGUCAGCUGUGACGCGUAUUACUCCAUCUGCACUUGCUUCAAAACUUUCUAGCCCAAAGUUUGUAGGGCGUCUCUUUCAUCAUGUAUUGGAGGAUCCGGAGUCCAAGUCUACUCUUUUGCAUUCGCUUUCUGUUUGUAUAUCUCUCUUGGAUCCAAAGCGAGCUGCUUCAAUAGCGGCUGCAGGAGCCGCUCGCGGUCAGCACUUUAUUGAACCUGUAAUUACCGCAAACCCGGAGACCGUUGAAGGCAUGCUUCAAAGAUUAGGGGACUUGCUAGCAGUAUUGGACGUCUCGAAGGAUGAGAAGAUGUUACCUACGACUUAUGGACGACUUCAGCCACCGUUGGGUGUUCACAGGCUAAAGAUUGUGGAGUUCAUCGCGGUUCUGUUGAGAGCCAACAGUGAUGGUGCUAGACACGAGUUGGUCAACUCUGGAGCAAUUCAACUUGUGUUGAAGCUUUUCUUUGAUUAUCCCUUCAAUAAUAUGCUGCAUCAUCAUGUGGAGAGUAUUGUGACUUCGUGCUUGGAGAGCAAUAAUCAAAAACUGAUCGAUCACUUAUUUCAAGACUGUAAAUUUUUGGAUAAAUUACUCGCCGUUGAUGAGAAUCCGUAUGCCCCAGACAGUCAAGCAGAACAGUCAAAGCCGACUGUCAGUAAAUCAAGCACAAGAAUUGGGAACAUGGGUCAUCUUACUCGUCUCGCUAACAAGAUCAUUCAAGCCUCUUUGCUGAAUCCUAAGAUUCAGGGUCAUCUACAGGAUAAUUCAAAGUGGAGUGAGUGGGUGUCAAAAGUUUUGCAGCCACGAAACGUAAUUGAAAACGUGUUUCACUGGUCUUGUGGACGGCCUACUGCUGUUCAGGAUCGUCCUGUGGACAGUGACGACGAUGACUUCCGUGAUAGGGAUUACGACAUACCAACCAUGGCUACUAACAUCAAUCGCGAGGUUUAUCGGUACGGCAUGUUUGACAAUGACGAUGCUGAAGAGGGUCAUGGGGCCAUGGAGAGAGAUGAGGAGGACAUGUUUUUUGAUGAUGAGUCUGCUGAAGUUGUUAUUUCAUCUUUGCACCUUGGCGAAGAUCAGGACAGUGGUAGGGCAGACAGCAUGUUCCGUCCAAAUUCCAACUGGUUUGCUUUUCAAGAUGAUUUUACUAGGUCAACAGAAGAAUCAAUUCCAACAUUUCUUGUUACGUCUUCUCCACCUUCUCGGAACGAAGGACUAACCGCAAAUUUAGUCUCCCCUCCUAACAGCAGUGGGGACAGCAGCAGUGAUGAUGAAGUGGUUUUGGGAGAAGAUGAAGAUCUUGUAGACACUGCUAGUUCGGCAAAAAUGACUUCGAAAUUUGAGUCCGAUCUUUUUAAUGGAAUAAAGCACGAAAGCAAAGAUAGUCUAACAUACCAUUCUUUAAAUGACUCAGAAUUUAGUUCAAAGCUUGAAAAGGUAGAUCUAUCGGACGAUCCAUCAUUGUCCCAGCGACGAGAAGAACCCAGUGCAGAGCACGUGGAAACAGCUAGACAUGGUCUUGAUUCAACCGACGUUGAUAUGAAGCCCGAGUCACCUUUUUCCGAACUUGUAUUUGCUGGUGCUGAUUUGGUUCCGAUGGGCCACUCGAUCAAUCCAAUAACGGGUGCAGAAGUCGUCGGUGUUGAUCCUGACGGCACAGUUGAAAGCAUGGAAAAAAUGCUGAAGGAGGGAGUUGUAGGUGAGGCUGGACCUUUGUUUAAGGGUAAUCAUGAGAGUAAACGAGAGUCUGAUACAAAAGAAUCUGCUGGCGGUGAUUCUGAUUUCAACGACUUGAAUUAUUGGCGCAGUGAAUACAUACCGUCCGAUGUCGUGGAAAAGUUGUGAGGUCCAGUGAUCCUGUUUUAGUCUGGUUUGUAUAUCUCUGAUGGGUACUACUUACCCGCUUGAUUGUUUUAGAGAGCUUCCCGUUGAGCCAGAGAUCUUUAGCUCAAUUUUCUGUCUAGUGUCUCAUUACAGCUUCAUAUUAACAUCGAUUUGCCAGCAUCUUGUUGGUUAAUUGAGUAAAUUCACAUUGUAAGCGGAUGUUCCAACAGUCCACCCACUUCUGCAAGCUUGUACUUAUCUUAAA